UUAUGUUCCCCUCAGGCUGCAGUUCUCAGCAGUGCCUAAACGAAGGCGUCUGUGCACAGAUCGACAUGGCCGCCUGAUCAGUGUUUCUACAAACGUGUGUUCCCUUUUGUGAGACGAAACUUGGGAAUCUAUCAGAACUGCAAAGGAUCUGGAUCUUGUGUUGUUGUUUACGGGAAUACAGCAAGCAAAAGUUUCAAAAUGCAGCCUCCUCCGAGAAAGGUGAAAGUCACGCAGGAACUCAAGCACACACACACAGAGCAGCUGAGUCGACUGCAUAUCAAGCAUCAGGCCGACUGUGACUUACUGGAGGACCUCAGGACUUACAGUCAGAAAAAGGCCGUUUUAGAGAAGGACCACGCUCAGGCUCUGCAUAAACUGGCCUCACAGUAUCUGAAGAGGGAUUGGCCUGCUGUACAGUCAGAGAAUAAAGAGCACCGGCAUAUCUGCACGGUGUGGAAGGCCUACCUGGAGGGCAUGGUCCAGGUGACCCAGAGUCGCCUCAACGACUGUGAUAGCUACAGGAGUCACGUGUGUGACCCCAUCAAGACCUUCAGACUUCACAAGGAGCAGCAGCUGAAGAGGUGUGUGGAGCAGCUGAGCCGUAUCCAGGCGGAGCUGCAGGACACAGUGAAAGACCUGACCAAGACCAGGAAGAAGUACCAGGAGACGGAGCAGAUGGCCCAGGCCGUGAGGGAGAAGGCUGACAUGGAGGCCAGGUCUAAGCUCAGCCUUUUCCAGUCCAGAUCUAGUUUAAAGCGGGCCAGUGUAAAGUUGAAAGCCAAGAGGAAUGAGUGUAACUCCAGUGCCGCCCAUGCUAGGAAUGACUACUUGCUUAUGCUGGCGGCUACAAACGCCCAUCAGGAUCGCUACUAUGAAACUGACCUCAUCAACUGCAUCAACGUUCUGGACGGCAGCAUCCACGACCACGUCAAGAGCUAUCUGCUUUCCCUCUGCCAGACGGAGCUCAGCGCCUCGCAGGCCGUUCACAACACCUUCAGCUCCCUUCUGGAGAAGUCCAACCAGGUGAUGCAGGACUACCAUCAAACACUCUUUAUCCAGGAGAACACCACAUUUCAGAAAGCCCCACCCCUUCAGUUUCAGCCCUGUGAAAGUGACUCGGUCAGGCACCUGCUGAAGGAGAUGGGCACGGCAGAAGAGCACAGUCUGAAUAAGGAGGCGCGCAAGUGGGCCACUCGUGUGGCCAGAGAACACAAAAACAUCAUCCACAACCAGCGGACUCUGGCUGAGUGUGAGAGUGCGCCGCCUUCAACCGAGCAGAGCAACAACGAGCUGGAGCUGAAGAUGGAGGAGGCGAAAGAGAGCAUCAGGAAAGCGGAGACGGUAAAGCUGAAGGCUGAGGCCCGUCUGAACAUGCUGAGGGAGGUGGGCGUCGUUGUGGAUACCUGGCUGAAGAGCGCCAUGAACCAGGUGAUGGAGGAGCUGGAGAACGAGCGAUGGGCCUCCCUCAACACCCACGAUGCAUCACUCUCCGGCACAGCUGAUUCGGAGCGAGAGGACGAUGAGGAUGCGGAGGACACUGAGGCGUUAGACGACAGCAGCUCCAGCCCCUCCAGCACCCUGAGGAGCUACCCGCUCACCUGCAAAGUGCUCUACUCUUACAAGGCGUCCCAGCCGGAUGAGCUGACCAUUGAGGAGCAGGAGGUGCUGGAGGUCAUUGAUGACGGGGACAUGGAAGACUGGGUCAAGGCCAAAAACAGGGCAGGCCAGGUGGGCUACGUACCUGAGAAGUACCUGCAGCUGCCCUCGUCCAACAGCCUGAUGAGCAUGCUGCAGUCCCUGGCCGCGCUGGACAGCAGGUCGCACUCCUCCAGCAACUCCACCGAGCAGGAGCCGGACGCCACCAGCAACACCACCACCAACACCACCGCCACCGCCAAUACCAACACCAACACCAACACCAACACCAACACCAACACCGUGCCCAACGGGGACGCCAGCGCGGUGACCUUUGCCAAGGCGCUGUACGACUACGAGGCCCAGACGCAGGACGAGCUGUCCUUCCCCGAGGGCGCCAUCAUCCGCAUCCUCAGCAGGAACGAGGACGACGGCUUCUGGGAGGGCGAGUUCAACGGGCGCGUGGGGGCCUUCCCCGCCGUGCUAGUGGAGGACCUGACCACCGCCGAGAACGGAGACGGGUCUCCCUGGAGCGCAGACUUACAGGUGUCCCCGUCCAUCCAGAGCCCGCAGACUGCGUCCCCCCCGCCUGCCCAGAGCAGCCCCAUCUCCCUCAGCCCCCUCCCCAGCCCCCAGGGGCCUCCAGCUCCAGCUCCAGCUCCAGCAGCAGCACCGCUGGCCUCGCCGGCUCCUCCUCCUCCUGCUCCCCCGUCCCCCUACAGCGCCCCCCCCACCACUCCUGGGACGACCCCCACCACCCCCGUCACCCCCGUCACCCCCGUCACCCCUGUGACCCCGGCCACACCCCCAUGUCCUCCACCGCCCAGCUCCAGCUCGCUUAACGGUUACCACCGCCCGCCGCCGCCCCCGAUGAAGACCUCCGGCCACGGCCACUCUCACGGCUCCACCCCUCCACCCAGAUACCCGUCAGAGGGCGUAGCCGGCACCUUCAGACCAGUGCGAGCAGCCCCCCCGCCCCCUCCACCUAAGCAGCAGGCCCAGGGCCAGGUGCAGAAGAGAGAGGAGGUGGAGGUCACGCUGGUGUGAGGAUGGCCAGCACCCCCACCCUGCCUUAAGCGCCACCAUCACAGUCACCGUCGUCACCCCUUAACCCCGCCGUUGAUCCUGACCUCUGACCCUUGACAUGGGUCCUUCCUGACGCCUGGCGUUGGCCCCUCUCACCCCGGGAAGUGGCAUUCUGGGUCUAUGCAGGCAGGCACUGCUGCUGGAGUCUAGCUUCCUAGGCAUUAGGAGGGGAAUGGAGUCAACACCAGGGCCUGUGUGUGUGUGUGUGUGUGUGUGUGUGUGUGUGUGUGUGCGUGUGUGUGCGUGUGUGUGUGUGUGUGAGUGUGUUUGUGUGUGUUUGUGCGUGCAUGUGUGUGUGUGUGUGUAUGUGUUCGUGUGUGACCUCUCCCCUAAACCUGUGAUCCAGUCUCCCUACGUCUCCCUACGUUCCUGACUUGAUUUCUGUCCUUUGUUGUUGUUUGACCCUCAGUGGGGGACUCCGUCAAGUAGCCGUUCAGGACGCACACAUGAGGGGGGGG